GAUUUGAUAAAGUUAAAUCAGAAUGGCGUUUGAAAAAACACUUUUGUUCGUGGCCAUCUCCGUGACGUUGUCCAGUUGCUGGAUCCACUCCGCCGGAGCCAAUCCCGUCCCGACAGAAGACGAAAAUCAAUUAGAUCAGGAUGAUAGUUUCAAAGCUGGAAAACCAUUGACGGAAGAAGAAUUCAAUAGUGGAGCUACUGGAAACAAAGGAGCUUCUAUGAACAACCGGCCAUGGGAAAAUCAAGAAGGCGGUGACGUGCCACCCAGUAAUGGAAAUAAAAAGAACGGAGACGUCAAAUGGCCUGGUAGACAAAUUCCCUACGUCAUAUCAAGCACUUUCACGGCUCAGGAGCGUAAGGUAAUCGCCAGUGCCAUGGCGGAUUUUCACAAGAAAACCUGCAUCCGCUUUGCACCCCGCAAAACGCAAAGUGAUUACCUCAAGAUCAUCAGGAGCAAAGAAUCCCAAACUGGGUCGGCUGGUUACCCUGGGUAA